UCACGCCAGCGUGUUUCUCAGGUUCGCCUUCGCAUCUCACCAGCUGCACACGAGCUACGGUCACCAGCUAGUUUUGUGUCCGAUUAUCAGUAGCUCAUCUGGAGACUCGCUGGCACUGGAUUGCCUUCAUGAAUCCCGACGAAAGCCUCGCCUCGUACUUUGACCGCAGUGCCAAGAUUGUCCAUGCGUAUGCUGACCGCAUUGAGCAUGGGUGUGCACGGCCGGCACUGAAAACUGCGAACGAGCUCUUGAAUGAGCAUCCCAUUCCAUUUGUAUUCUUCCUGUUCUUUGCUCUGCUUAGCAUCUUUCCAGUUUUGCUCUUCCUCGGCUGCUCUGUUAUAGUCACUCUGUCCUUUGUAUUGUUUGCACUAAGCUCGGCCAUACUGGCGUCGGGUAUCUUCAUUUUCACGUUUGCAUGCAUUUUGAUCUUCGUCCUCUUCAUAAACGUCUGCAUUGCUGCCCUCCCUACCAUUGCCUUAUUCUCGGCAUACUCUGUCAUCAGAUUCUUCGUUUUGACUCGAUCCAGUGGAAGAGCGGGUGCUGCGGAAUGGAUCGAUGAAACCAAAACCUUUUUUCUCAAUUCGGGAUCUAAAAAGCCGCCGGUAAAGGAAGAUGAUGAUACGACGUCAAAUGCGUCCGCUGGAUCCAUAGUCGUAGUUGAUAACAAGGAACACGAAAACGUGGCGACUAGCUCCAAUCCAGAGAAGUCCGACAACGGUGUCACGGUAAAGGAGGAGGAUUGAUUUUGCCGCAGGCUCUUUGUAACGAAAAGGUUCGGAAUUUUUAAAUUACAAUCAACAUGUAUGGGUUAAUAGGAUUACAACACGUGUAGUAUCAUCAUCAAUGUCAGCAUCGGAAUUGGGACGAAGACUCGGGCUAUACUACCCAUUGCUGACCAAGCUCUGGUCGUAAUCCCGAACAAUGGCAGCAUUGCGAGACUCGAGUGAAAGUUUCAUCAUGGGAAGCCAUCCCUGACCUAUACUACUCAUGAUGUGGGUUUUGAAUCGAAUAAAG